ACAAUCACAUGGCCUUUUCAAAAAACCAAUCUUUUAGUUCUCUAUCGAUGCGUAAGCCUGAAGAACGAUGACGACAGUCGCCGCCGAUCUCCGCCGUUAUCUUUCUGUAAUUUCCGUUUUGUCCUUCCUCUUUUGCGACCAAUCAGCUCUUGCUCUUAACACAGACGGUGUUCUUCUUCUCUCUUUCCGUUACUCAAUCGUCGACGAUCCUCUUUCCGUUUUAAGGAGCUGGAGAUUCGAAGACGAGACUCCUUGCUCUUGGCGAGGUGUCACGUGCGAUGAAUCUUCCCGGCACGUGACUGUUCUGUCACUUCCGAGCUCGAACCUUACCGGUACACUUCCUUCGAAUUUGGGUUCACUCAAUUCACUUCAAAGACUUGAUCUUUCCAACAAUUCGAUCAAUGGGUCUUUCCCUGUUUCGCUUCUCAACGCGACGGAGCUUCGAUUUCUUGAUCUGUCCGAUAAUCACAUUUCCGGCGAACUACCGGCGAGUUUUGGCGCGCUUUCGAACCUCAAAGUUUUGAAUCUCUCCGAUAAUUCAUUCGUCGGCGAAUUACCGAAGACAUUAGGAUGGAGUCGGAACUUGACGGUGAUUUCACUGAAGAACAAUUAUUUCACCGGCCAGAUUCCGGGAGGUUUUAAGUCGACGGAGUAUCUUGACCUGUCGUCGAAUUUGAUCAAAGGCUCGUUGCCGUCACAUUUCAGAGGGAAUCGUUUACGCUAUCUCAACGUUUCGUACAACAGAAUCUCCGGCGAGAUUCCGUCAGGUUUCGCCGAUGAAAUCCCGGAAAACGCCACCGUCGAUCUCUCAUUCAACCAGCUCACGGGUCAAAUCCCUGGUUUUCGGGUUCUCGAUAACCAAGAAUCAAACUCUUUCUCCGGUAACCCGGGUCUCUGCGGAUCCGACCCAGCAAAACACCCUUGCCGUGACGGUGAAGCAACCUCUCCACUUCCAUCGCCGACUCCAAAUUCUCCUCCUGCAUUAGCUGCUAUACCAAAUACCAUUGGCUUAACCAAUCACCCAAUUAGCUCCAAACCCGGUCAAAAAUCAAAAUGGGAUCAUAAACCGGUGCUUAUCAUUGGCAUCGUUGUCGGUGACUUAGCCGGUUUAGCUAUCCUCGGGAUUGUGUUUUUCUACAUUUACCAGUCGAGAAAAAGGAAGACCGUAACGGCUACGUCAAAAUGGUCCACGUCAUCAACAGAUUCCAAGGUCUCAAAAUGGUACUGUCUACGCAAAUCCGUUUACGUUGACGGUGACUGUGAAGACGAAGAAGAAGAAUCCGAGACAUCGGAAUCCGAAUCCGACGAAGAGAACCCGGUCGGGCCAAAUCGACGGUCAGGAUUAGACGAUCAAGACAAGAAAGGAACGUUAGUGAAUCUCGAUUCAGAGAAAGAGCUUGAAAUCGAAACGCUUCUCAAGGCUUCGGCUUAUAUUUUGGGAGCCACCGGUUCGAGCAUAAUGUAUAAAGCGGUUCUUCAAGACGGAACGGCUGUGGCGGUUCGACGUAUAGCUGAAUGCGGUUUAGACCGGUUUAGAGAUUUCGAAGCUCAGGUUCGAGCCGUGGCUAAGUUAAUACAUCCAAACCUGGUACGAAUUCGAGGUUUCUAUUGGGGAGCCGACGAGAAGCUUGUCAUUUACGAUUUUGUCCCUAACGGCAGCCUCGCUAACGCCCGUUACCGGAAAGUGGGCUCCUCUCCUUGUCAUUUACCUUGGGAAGCUCGGCUCAAGAUAGCAAAAGGCAUAGCUCGUGGGCUAACAUAUGUACACGACAAGAAGUACGUGCAUGGUAACCUUAAGCCUAGUAAUAUCCUUUUGGGCUUAGAUAUGGAGCCUAAAGUUGCCGAUUUCGGACUUGAGAAGCUUUUGAUUGGCGACAUGAGUUAUAGAGCUGGUGGAUCGGCUCCGAUAUUCGGAAGCAAGAGAUCCACAACAUCUCUUGAGUUUGGGCCGAGUCCAAGCCCAAGUCCAAGUUCAGUCGGGUUACCUUACAAUGCUCCGGAAUCUCUUCGUAGCAUAAAACCGAAUCAGAAAUGGGAUGUGUACUCGUUCGGAGUUAUUCUCCUUGAGUUAUUGACGGGAAAGAUCGUGGUGGUCGACGAGCUUGGACAGGUUAAUGGGCUUGUGAUUGAUGACGGUGAGCGGGCAAUUCGGAUGGCGGACUCUGCUAUACGGGCUGAGUUAGAAGGCAAAGAAGAAGCUGUGUUGGCAUGUUUGAAAAUGGGCCUAGCUUGUGCAUCUCCAAUACCACAGAGAAGGCCCAAUAUCAAAGAGGCUUUACAAGUUCUCGAGAGAUUCCCUGUUCAUUUAAGUCAACAGUGAUGAUAAUAAUUAAGACCAAGAAAAGAGUUAUAUAACUUGACUGUGUGUACUUAGAGUUAGAUUGAUAGGCGAGUUUUUAAUGUUCUUUUGUGGCUUCUGAUUUUGAAUUUAUAUUUGGUUUAUGAUUUAAGUGACAAUAAUAUCUCCGGGCUAAG